AUGAAUAAUCUGCGAAAAAUUACACAUGCAGAACUUGCUGAGCAUAACAGUAGUAAGAGUUCAUGGGUAUGCAUUGACAACAAGGUUUAUGACGUGACAGAAUUCCUAGACGAGCAUCCAGGUGGUUGUGAGGUAUUACUACAACAGGCUGGCUUAGAUGCUACUGAAGCAUUCGAAGAUAUUGGGCAUUCUACUGAUGCUAGAAAAAUGUUACAAGAAUAUUUAGUGGCAGAAAUGGUAGCUUGA